AUGGCCUCAGGCAAAGGCAAGAGUGGACCUUCCCGUCCGCAUGUCGCUGUUCCUCGAGCAGUGCUGCUCACCAAGGAGGACUUGGAGAACUUCCACCACAAUGUCAUUUCGCGGGAGGAAGUCAGCAAUUUGAGGCAUGAAACGUUGCCUCGACUCUCCCGCGCAUCUGCCAGAAUGCUUACGUGGUGCACACUGCUGCUCCUUUCGACCGCUUGCAUCUAUGCAUUCCGAAGCAGCCUGCUUCCUGACCAUUUCUUCAAAGACAGUUUUGCCAAAGAUGCAAUGAGAUAUGGCUCUGUGGGAUUGCUGACGUGGAUGGCGCUAGCUGACACAGCGAGAACUGUUUGGAAAAAGAAAUCCCUAUGGAUAAUGGUGUACCGCUUCACUGGCGUGGUUUUGGCCGUGUCUCUGAUGGAAUUCAUCUUUCUGAGCGACCCUGGCUCGAUCAAUCCACUGGCUUUCGCCCAGCUCACAUCCUUUCUCACCGUCUUUGUUUCACUUCUGCUGGGCUUCUUUCUUUCAACAUCGAUACGGCGUUGGGUGGCAUGUGUUAAUGGGUUUCUGACCUUGUUCGACAUCAUCCGUGCUCUCCAAAUGCAACUGAUCACGCUGGGCAUUCCACGUCAAAAUGCAGUCAAAGCUUUGAGAUUUGGUCUACUUUCCGGCUGGUUGUCCUGCAGAUUGCUCCAUGUGGAAUCACGCGUCGGGCCUGAGCAACAUGCUGCUCGAGACGCUAUGUGGCAAGAGAUCCUCACAUCCAAGGACCUCUACUUGAGCUUGACGGAAGCAGAAUUUCAGAAACUGCAAGACGUGCAAGAUCCAUGCCCCCACCUGUGGCUCUGGAUCGCUUCGUUUAUGGGCCGUCUGGCCUCUGAUGGGGAAAUACCUCCUAUGGCUUCACCAACAUAUGGACGCAUCGUCGCAUUGGCCAACGACGCGCAGAAUGCUCUGAAGGAGAUUCGAAUCUGUGGUGAGGUGCAGAUUCCGUACCUCUACACCCACACCUUGGCUGCCAUUGUCCACGUGAACAACAUCCUGUCUGCUAUAAGUAUGGGCCUCACGCUUGGGAGCUGCCUCGCUGCCUUGCUCACCUCGGUCGACAGCAGAUUGACGCUCUAUGGUAUUGACUCCCGCCCGAGCAUGUCAGCAUCAGCUACGUUCCAGAUUCUUCUUAUUCAGAGCCUGAAGUGCUUCUGCGCUCCCCUGCUCUACCAGGCAUGUCUGGAAAUUGCACUUACACUCUGCGUCCCUUUUGGCCCAAACUGCGAUGAAGCGGAGAUUCCGGGCGAGCAGAUGGUAAGGCACUGCGCGGCAGAAUGUAUAGCCUGCUUUGAGCUUGCAGCAUCGCCUCCACACUGGUCUGCACCUGCCUUCAAGACUGGAAUCAGUCAUGUUCCCGAUAUCGAAAGGACCAAGGCUCAGGUACGCCAAUCAGGGUGA